CGCUCGUGUACGGGGGAGAUCGCCGGUCCCACGCAAAAGGUCGGCGUGGCCGUUCUCACGCUUCUCUUCGGUAAUAUUAAAUACUCGAUUAUUUCGAGUUACGAUUACAUAAUAAUAAACAUGUGAGUACAGCAAUCAUGUUAGCACAUAGAAAUGUUAGGUCGGUGGAAAUAAGCAGUUGAUUAAAAUUAAGAUUAAAGUUAAUCAUGUUAUUUAUUAUUCAUCCAUUAAGAAGCUGUCGGCAUAUGUCAUGCAAUUUUAUACCAAAAUUUUCUGUCAUCAUGUGUUCUGGCUUCCCAAGGCAAAAGUCAACGAAGAUUGCAGGGAGCAUCGUACAACCAGCACAAACUGUGAAAGAUGAUGACAAACAAAAAAGAGUUGGUGCGACUACUUUAAUAGCUUCCUUUCCUGUUGAGAAAAGUGUGGUGUGUAAAAUAGAAAAAGAUCCAUGUAAAAAAGAGAAGUCAGAAUGGACACCUAUAAUAGUCGAUUAUACCAAGCUUCACAAGCAUUAUCUCAAAUUAUCAAAGAUUAAAUUGACAUCUCUCGUUGUAGCGACAACUAUGGCUGGAUAUGCAUUAGCUCCUGCACCAUUUGACUUUUAUACAUUUACAAUGUGUUCUUUAGGCACAGGCUUAGUCUCUGCCACUGCAAAUACAAUUAAUCAAUUUUUUGAAGUUCCUUUCGAUUCACAGAUGUCGCGAACAAAAAAUCGAGUAUUAGUGCGUGGUCAUUUGACGCCUGUACAUGCAAUAGCAUUUGCAGCAGUAUCUGGUAUUAUUGGAUUAUCCAUACUCUACCAUGAAGUAAAUGGUAUCACGGCAGUGCUAGGUACUAGCAAUCUUGUUUUAUACACGCUCAUAUAUACUCCCAUGAAACGCAUUAGUAUUGCCAACACGUGGAUUGGCUCUAUUGUAGGAGCUAUCCCUCCUCUUAUGGGCUGGGCAGGUUGCUCUGGCACUAUACUGACGCCAGGUGCUUGGAUCUUGCCUGGUAUUUUAUAUGCGUGGCAAUUUCCGCACUUUAAUGCUCUUUCGUGGAACUUAAGACCGGACUAUUCACGAGCUGGUUAUCGAAUGAUGGCUGUGACAAAUCCAGAUUUAUGUCGUAAAACAACAAUCAGAUACACAGCAGUUUUAAUGGCUCUGUGUUAUUUAGCUCCUGUAUUGAAUGUUACUCAUUGGUGGUUUGCACUGGCUUCGACGCCGCUCAAUGCAUCUUUCUUAUAUCUAGCAUGGAAAUUUAAUAAGCACUCGGAUAGUGCUAAUUCUAGGAAAUUAUUUCGAUUUUCGUUACUUCAUCUACCUCUAUUGAUGAUGCUGAUAUUCUCAAGUAAAAAGUAUUGGACUAACACGGACAAACAGGAAGAUAAAGUCGAAUCUCCUCAUAAUGAAUCAACAAAGAAGAAUGGUUUACUGACUAUUUUCACCACAGGACCCAUCACUGCAGCAACUUCUUCUGUGUAGAGGUGGUUUUAUUCCGUUGAACAUGUCGGUAAUAGUACAAAUUAAUACAAUAUCGUUAUAUAAAUUUCAAGUCUUAGAAAUUUUUCAUUACUUUAUUAACAAGUUCAAAUUACGAUAUUGUGUAAACUGUAGAUGUAAUCAAUACUAGACUCUUGUAUUGUCUGGCAUUAUUUAAUUUAAUAAAUAAACGAAAAUAAUGUUAGUUUAAAUAUUUUCACAGAAGUAGGUAAUAAAAUUCCAGAGACCA